CCUUCCAGGAUCUGUGAAAUGAGUGGAGGAAGCAGAAGAGAAACUUAGUGUUGUUUUGAGAUUCUUCUAGAAGCAUCUGUAGCCUGUAAAUAGAUUCGGCUAUCUUGUGUAUAUAAAACCACACUCCAAUGCUGAAUCAUCUGAACCUCGUCAAGCUCGUCAAGUACCAUCAAUCAUGCCUAAGAAGCUUCAAAAGUCUCUCCAUGACUACAUCUCCAAGCUCAGACGAAACCCUAAUCCCCAAAUAAAUUUCUCUUCCUCCAAAAAUUGGAUCUUCUCUGCCUGCAAGCACCCUAAAACCUUGUCUGUAGACGUUGAUCAUCUCCGAAGAAAUGAAGCUCAAGCCAAACGCAGUAGCAACAACGACGAUGCUGCGUCUCUUUCUGAUGUUGAUCGUUUCCUGUUCGAGAAUUUCAAGUCUCUAUAUGUCAGAGAAGACAAUGACCAAACGGAAAGAAAGGCAGAAUCUGAACAAGAUAUCAUUGAAGCUUAUCCUAAAUUAGACCCAAUCUUGUUUGAAUCGCCGCGGCUCGACCUUGGCCUCCCGCCGGAUCUUCGUGGAUCGAACCGGUUCUUCGUGACGCCGGGCUUGUCUGGCUCAAUCGUCGAGGAUGCUGCGAGGUUGAGCGUGACAACCACAUGCGACGACGAAGCCUGUUCGAGCUCGAGCUCGACCACAACGCUCAAUGAUUCUCCGAAUUUAUCUUAUAAUCAUCGUGAAAGUGCGACCGUGGAGACGCUUCCAAGAGAUUUCAUCGCCGUCUUGCUGUACUCGCCGAGUCCGUACGAAGAUUUCCUGCGGUCCAUGCAGGAUAUGGUGGAAGCGAGGUUGAAUAAUCACGAAGGAGUGGAUUGGGAUUUCAUGGAAGAGCUUUUGUUUUGUUAUCUCAACCUGAACGAGAAGAAAUCGCAUAAGUUCAUACUCAGUGCUUUCGUGGAUGUCAUCGCCGGUUUGCGUCGGAGAUCGGAGAAAGUGCCAGUGACACUGCGGCGAAGUGUUCGGACCGUAAGGAUCGGUAGGUCGUUACGGAGAAGAUGAAAGAAGCGUAACAUUAGGUUUGGGCACUUGAAAUAUUUUCAUGAUCGGAGCGGGAAAAAAGACGGAAAAUGUAUUUUCGUUCUGUAUGGUUUAAUAUUUAGUUUCUAAAAUUAUAUUUUUAUCUAAUUUAAUUUUUAAUAUUUUUAUUCCUAUU